UUUGUAAUAGCUUCACAUUACCAAAUCAGCAAAAUAGAGAAGAGGAGAGGGAUGAACCAAAACAACUUCUCCCAUUCAAAUGUAGCUCAAAGCUUUAAAGUCCCUCUAAUCCCCUCACUUGCUUUAUACCUUGUGUUUGCCCUUUUCUUGUUUGGCCUUGCUGUUUCUCUUUUCAUUCUUGUUGUUGUUCAUAACCCUCUCUUCUUCCUUUCUUACCUAUUCCUUUUUGCUCUUAUUGCUGCUUUUCUACUCUGGAACUCUAUCUCUUUCCGCAAUAACACAACUAUUCUCCAUUAUCUUCGUUCUUUACCUGAUGCUGACCUCACCGUCGCCCGCCAUGGCCACCUUGUCAAGAUUACUGGGCUUGUCUCUUGUGGGAAUGUGUCUUUGGAGUCUUCUUAUGAGAAGGUUGGACGAUGUGUUUAUACAUCCACCUUGUUGUUUGAAUGUGGAAAACUCGGCUUGAAGCCUGCAGAUGUAAAAGAAUCAUGCUUCGGAUGGAGACUUGCUUAUUCUGAGAGGCUCUCAACUGACUUCUACAUAACUGACAAGAACUCUGGUAUUAGAGCUUUUGUCAAGGCUGGACCGGACUCCAGAGUUAUCCCACUGAUAAAAGAGAGCAGACUGGUUACAACAGCAAAAAAUUGUAAGGUUUUGGCUUCUCAUUUGAGAAAAUGGUUAAGGGACAGGAAUCUUUCAUCUGAAGCUCGUUUACUACGUCUAGAGGAAGGAUACAUCAAGGAAGGUAGCUCGAUAACUGUAUUUGGUAUUUUGCAAAGGAGCAAUGAUGUAAUGGUGGUUACUCCGCCACAGGAGCUUAUUUCUACUGGCUGUCUAUGGAAAAAGUUACUUCUCCCUGUUGAUGUUGAUGGACUGAUCCUUGCAAUCCCAUAGUGCGCAAAUUUUGGAACCAACUCUAACUUAGAAAUGCAACAGAGAUAAAGGUGACAAACCCUUGCAAGGAAACUAACUGUGCAUCCCAUUUGGAUUGUUUCCAUUCGCAUGUACAGCAACUUGCCUAAAGGAAGGCAGGCUUAUUUUUGGCUCAGAAUUUCAGUAGUUAGUGCUGUUGUUAUUUUCAGAUACGUAUGAAUUAUCUUGUUUAAACUAGACUUGGUUAACAUUGCAAAAGUU